GAGGAGGACUGCUGCCGGUAUAUCGUGUUAAAAUAGUGAAAUAAACUAAUAAUAUAAGGAAGUGCUUAUAACCGCAAACCGACCGACAGAUCGGCUGAGUCGUACUUACGAAAUCGAAACGACCAAGAUGAACCCCUUAGCGGGAGACACCGUCAUCCCAACGAACCCGAGUUCAAAAACGACUGGGGAGUCUUCAGUCUUGGAGCGAGAUAGUCGUCGUAAUCUCGUCCGGCCAGAAUCGAAACCCGCGACGAGAAAGAGACGCCAAAUGGAACCCCCUCCCCGUAAAAUGGAGACCCCCAGGAAGACACCUCGACACGAGCAUUUAUCCGGCGAAGAUUGUCCAGAGUCUCGUGUCGAUGGACCUGAAACCAGAACACUGAAGAGGCCUCUACCCGCUUCAUCAGUUUCGCAAAAUGUAUCUAAAGCACUGAAAACUAAUAAUCAGAAUUGCGAAACUGCUAAACCUUUAGGUGCCUGUUUCAGUGAUGAAUCACCUACGAAUUUAGAAGAGGCUCUCAAAUUAUCAUAUGCUAUAAAUCAUACAAAUUAUUCUUUCUCUAAAAAUGGUAAAACUUUGAAUUUACAAGUAUCAACUUCUCUCCCUAAAACGGAUCGAGAGACCAUUGUUUCCAAUAGCGAGACCUCUUCAGUGGAUUCUGGAUUAGAAAGGAAAUUUUUCCCAGACGAAAUCGAAGGUAUAAUUGAUCAAUCAAAUGGAAGCCGAGAUUCUUUGCAUGGGGAGGAGAUAAUGAGAGAAAAAUUAUUUUCGAUGACAAAUCAGAAACUAGGAGUGGCUGCGAAUCUGUCGAAAGAUAAAGAGUCUGGUCUUCUUAAGAAGCCGCCAGAUGCAGCUGAGAGAUGCAGGCGAAGAAUGGAGAAGGCUGAUGAUGUGACGAGACUGAGGAAAACGAUACACUGGUUAGAGGAUGGAGCGAGGAGAAUGAGAGAGGACCUCGCUGCGGUUAGAUCAGAGCUUCAUGAAGAACGGAAAGCCGCAAAACUCGCGAGACGUGAGCUGGACACGGCGAUAAGGGAGGCCAGAACCUCGGAAGCUGCGAGGAAUCAACAGAUCAUAUCCGACCUUAAAGCGAGACUCUCUCAAUCUCCUUCUCGCCCACCGUUGGAGGCCACUAUUGUUUCCUCCAAGGUAGAGUUUCUGAAGGAAGAGAAUCAUCGACGAGAAUUAUCAGCUCUAAAGAAACGAUUAUCUGAGGCUGAAACGACGAUAAGGAAAUUGAAGACGAAUUCCCUGGAACCAGGUGGCUUCGCAAAGCGUCGAAAAGUCGAUAGGAGUACCUGCAUCGACCCUCGAAAAUUGCAGGUCGAAGUUCAAAGCUUACGAGCCGCCAACAAGAAGCUGGAGGAACAGUUACACAUUGCAAUAGAAGCAGGAAAAUCACGCACAUUAGAUUUAAGAAUGCAACAUGAAAAUCACGAAGCUGAGCGUAUUGCGCUUCAAAAAACUUUCCGCAGCGAAACUAUUAAAAUGAUGGAUGAGAUACGCAGCAAGAGCAGGGAGAUCUCGAAGCUGGAGAAACUCGUGCGUGAAUGCUUGCAGAAUAACCGGAAGCUGCGGUCGAGGGAAGAUGAAACGAUGCGGAAAUUAAGGGAGAGCGAGAGAAACCAUCACAUUCGAUUGGCGCCACGGAUAGAAGAGAAGAUUCCGAACGGUGAUCAUGUGGUGGAUUUAUGCAAAAGAGAGUGUGAAGCCGUGGCUGAGGUUGAACGCCUUCGGGAACUCGCGGUGGAACAGCAGGAUGCCAUAGAGGUACUCAGGCAGGCAUUCAAGGAGAAGGAGCGUAAGUUGGACCAGUUGCUGAAUAAAAAAAGAAAGGAGGAAUUUUACAAGCAAUGGUUGGAGCUGGAGCCUGUGGCAGAAGUUGAUGAUGAGGAGGAGAACGAAGAAGGUGACAGCGCCCUUUCGAGUGCACCUUCAUCACUUUCACCCCAACCUGGAGGGUGUGGCCAGUGGCAGGCAAAUGGUGUCACGAGAGAAGCUUACGAAUCCGUUCUUUUUGAGGUCGAAGAACUCCAAACCAAAUUACUGGAGGAACAACGGGAAUUAACACAUGCCAAGAGCCAAGUUCGCGAGUUGGAAAAGGCCCUCUUACAAGAGACAAGAGGCAGUCAGAACAGCAGAAGAGCACUUAGCGAUAAGUUGCGUGAUGCGGAGGAACGCGAAUCAAAUUUGAUCGCGGAGAUGUCAGAUCUUCGGGAGCAAAAUGAGCUUCUGGAAUUCCGAGUUUUGGAAUUGGAAGAAUCACCUUUUCAAAGAGAGUCUCCGGAUCCGGCAGACAGCGGAAUUGUAUCACCUGAACCGAUUCAACUUUAUAAGGACCAAUCAAAUAAACACAGAGACCGGGCAGUGGCGACAGUGAUUCCCUACACCUCAACCUUGACCCAACCAGUGUCUCCAGUGCCCCAGAAACCUCCACUGUCGCUUCAAGAAAGUGGAAUUUUUGAGGAGGAAGAGGAGAAUGAAGUGGAGCUGGCAAGUUGUGGUACCCAGACGGAAGCCCCAGCUGGCGAACUUCUUCAGGAAGUGCAGCGAUUGCAGGAGCUUCGAGCGCGAAUCCAAGAACGAGCGGUGAAGGUUCCUGUUUCUGUGACUGACACGAAAACCUGUUCCUCUCCUGAGGUCAGCGAGGCCGCGGACAUCGCUCAACUUGGAGCCUGCCAGGAGAGAAUACGUGACCUGGAAGAAAGGCUCAGUGCGUACGAAGAAACUGAGGAGAAGUUCCUUCAAGAAAGACAGCUUUCCAAACAACGUGAUGAGGAACUACUCGACGAAAAUUACAAACUUACGGAGAAAAUUUACUGGCUGGAGAACGAACUGCGAAAUGUGAAGGAGGUGCUGAAGGAGAUGAAGAACGUUGAAACAAUGACAGAGAGAAAAUCUUUGGUUGAUUUCUCCUCACAGUGCGAUGAUAUUGAAGAAAGAGAAACAGAGAAAGCUGAAAGAGAAUCAUUUGGUAAAGAAGAUUCAAUCGAUGGAUCUUGUGAAAAAAUCUAUCAAGAUUCUGCUAAGAUUUCCAAAUCUUCUAGUUCUUCUGAUUCCUUUAAAUCUUCCGGAUCUUUUAAGUCUCUUGAUUCUGCAGAUAUUCGUUGCACAGAUUGCAGCAAACUUUUGAAAGAUUUUGAGACAAGAAUGGAGGAACUUGCAAAGACGGAGUAUUUUUUGAGACAACAGAUAACUGUAUUAGAGCGGAGAGAACAUGCAUUCAUUGAAACACUGAAGCAAGCGGAUAGCACUUGGUCCAGUAUGGAGAUGGAUUACAAGAGAAAGUAUGGUGAGAUGCAGGAACGUUUAAAAGCACAGACAGAGCUGAAUCGUGUUUUCUUCGAACACUUCUCUGCUUCAAAUAAAAUUAACUCGGGAGUUCUAACUGAAAGCGAAUGCAUCGAUAAGGUUGUACAAAGAUUGAGUGGUGUCUCCUAUCCGAUGGAUGUUGUUGACGGAAUUGAGAAGAUGGACGUUGAGGGAGAAGAUAGAAGAAAGGAGAAUAAUGAGGCUGCUGGAGAUAAGACUGAAGUCAUGAAGACUGUUCAAAUCCUUGAUGGCAAAGAGUUGAGGUGUCCGGCUAUGAGUGAAGAUCCAUCUAUUGUGAAUGAGUCAUCAACUGGGGGCAACUUUUCUCGAAGUUCAGCGACUAAAGAGGCAACAGAAGCUAAUGAAGAUGAAGAAAUGGACAAGAACUCGUCGGUUCUGAGAACCGUGGUAGAAACUGAUGGCCCGGUGUCGCAGAUCAGCUUAGUUCCUGAAGAUGAAGAGCGAUACGAGGAUCAGGCAGAGGCUCUCAUAACCAUAGAUGAAUCAGAAUCUGAAAAGAAGGUUAGACACAGGUGGAAUAGUAAAGAGCAGGAGGGUUGGGCGAUGAGAACUUGGAAUACAAAUAAAAAAAGGGUCGGCAGUUUUGGGCGGAACAACCUCGGUCUUCGAAAUCGGCGACUAAUUUUGUAUAAGGAAAUUUGUGUAUAGCCAUCGUUUCUUAGUCGUAAGAGUCAGCGUAAGAGAGCUACUGGACGCAGGGCCUGUCAUUAUUCGAAAAAUAUCUCUGUCAGUUUUAUACAGUUGGGUCUUCCGAUAAUUUUCAAGAGACACGAUAUUUUACGAGUCGAUAUUUUACGUCAGAGUGUGGACAAAAGAAUAAGGACUACACUAAACUAAUGUAACUGUUUCGGAAGUUGUAAGCAUGCAGAUGAAAACGCCGACUCUUAAGAGCGAAACUGGAAGGCCAACUUCGAAGAGAGUUUCGUGGGAUGGACAACGAGAGACUGAGUGAACGUGCUUCUUGAUGUGUACUCAUUCUUGAAACCCUGGCUUGUCAGCUGAUUCGAAUCUGGCCAAAGCAAGUAAUCUACUUUCGGUGGAGGUGAAGGGCCAAUUUUCUUCCUCGCGGUACCAUUUAGUCAAAUUGAUGGCUUUACAAACGCAGCAAGCUUCACAUUAAGUCCAACUCGAAAGGAACUGUAGUUCUGAAGCAUCCGAUGAGGACAAAAUGGCUGGCGCUGCUUGGUGAGCCCAAGUGACGACCAGAAAUGGUACGUCCUACCGCAAAAUUCAAAAUCACCUUCAAUGUUUCCACAAAAGAAAAAUAAAUUUUAACAAUGCAUUCAUAUUAACAUGUGUUAAGCGGGCCAAUCAACUGCCAAUUACAAGUACCUUAUCUGUUUCUAUCUAUGACGUGUCUCUCGAUAUAGUAUAUAAAACAUACUCAAAAGUAGAAUCAUAAAAGAUAGGAUAAGAGCGUAUUCGACGCUUCGGUGCUUCCAAAAGAGAGUGAAACCAACCGUUUCUCAAUAAUGAACCCGAGUGAAAAAGUUAUAUAUUAAACAAAAUUAGCUUAAGCAACUACCGCAUAAUUCCACAGAGUUUCCACAGGCCAAAACGAAAUCACAACGAUAGGCCGGUGAAACCUGGGUGUUUCUUGGGAACGCGGAGCGACCCAAGGAUGGCAGAGCUCUGCAUACAUAAAAUAUAUAAGAACUUAUUUUCACAUAUCGUUUUAAUAUAUAUGAUAUAAACUUCACAUAUAAAUUUUUCAGCUUGGAACAUGUUAAAAUCAGAAACCAACUACGCGUGGUUUGUUUCCGGAAAAACUCGUAGAUUUUCCAAGAUUUGUAAAUACAAUGAAUUCAGAAGGGUACUCGCGAGAAGCAACCUAAACGAAUGUAAAUGACGAAACUGUGAUUUUUAAGAUACGAAACUGUUAUUUAAGAAAAAGUCCUAUUUUCAUCGACAAUACUUUAUAUUAUCGAAUUGUUUGAUUUGUCUAGCAGUAACCAGAGCAUUACAAUGAAUAAACAAAAGUAGAUGGCGAUAUAGAAUGCAUGCGUGAUAAACAGUUAAUUUAGCUCGAUAUAUCACGGUUUUAUUACGAAUCUCUGUUUGCCAUUGUUUUCGUAAGCCGACUCAGUUGCCAACCUACAGCUUUCUUAAACUUAUAUAUUUUAUUGUAUCAAUUUAUCUAUAUUGUUUUUCCUUUUCCUCGACAUAUUUCAAAAAUAUCCAUAGGUACUGGUACAGGUCUGUUAUAAAUAAUUAAUAUUCUAUCCUUUGAGAUUAAAAAAGCUGCCAAGUGUAAGAAUCUGUAAUACUGCGUAUACGACAUGAGUUAGGAUUUAGUUGAUGCCUCUAGUCGAUUAAUUCGUAAUUAUUUUAAGCGUCCUUAAGAUUAUAAUUAUCUUCGACCUUGUAUAUUUUUAAGUAAAGAAUGCUAGAAGACGAGGGUGCUUCUGCUUUCGAUCAUUAUAUCCAGCUUAUUUACUAUUAAAAGAAAAUAGAAUUUAUGUUUGUAGUUUUUAUUUUAAUAAAAAGAUCCGUUACUGUA